AUGAGAUCAUUUAAGCAGCACAUUCUAUUUUUAAGUGGCAUAGCAGUGAGUGUCCUUCUCUCAAAAACUUGUUUGCUUAUUCUGAGGACUCUGACGCCUUCAGUUACUAUAAAUGACAGUUACACAUCUACUGUACAACAUGCGGUCAAAAACAGAAGAGCUGCGCUGGAUCUUAGCCAGAAGGUCAGAGUGUUAUGUUGGGUAAUGACGCAGCCCCAACACCUGAAGUCCAGAACCCAACAUAUUCGUGCCACAUGGGGCAAACGCUGCAACAUUGUCCUGUACAUGAGCUCGGAGGCAUCAGAUUUCCCCACGGUAGGGCUCAACGUGUUAGAAGGACGCAGUCAACUCUACUGGAAGACCAUACGGGCCUUCCAGCACAUUCACAUGCACCAUCUGGAUGAUGCUGAUUGGUUCCUCAAAGCUGACGACGACACGUUUGUUGUCCUUGAGAAUUUGCGCUAUGGUCUGUCCAAGCACAACACAGAGGAGCCUCUGUAUUUUGGACGUAGGUUCACGCCAUUCGUCGCACAGGGCUACAUGAGCGGAGGAGCUGGUUACGUCCUCAGUAAGGAAGCUUUGAGGAGAUUUGUGAAGGGUUUUGCUGAUGGGCUUUGCACACACAACACAGAAAUUGAGGACAUUGGAUUGGGAAAAUGCAUGGAGACAAUGAAAGUCCAGCUGGGUGAUUCCAGGGACGUGUUGGGGAGACAAACAUUUCAUCCUUACCCUCCAAACAAUUACCUGCCCCGACAGCUACCCAGACCACGACCCUGGUACCUCCUCUAUGAGCAUUACCACCCCGUUGAGGGCCCUGGAUGCUGUUCAGAUUUAGCCAUCUCUUUCCACUACAUAGAUGCAGUGCAAAUGCAUACUUUAGAGUACUACACCUAUCGCUUACGGCCAUUCGGAUAUAAAUACAGAUUUAACCCAGGUGAACGCUCAGAAAAUAGAAAUAACAACUAA